ACAUUCCUUUUCAAGGUCGCAUGAGGUCAUGAACUUCUCCUGGCGGGAUAUUGAUAAUAUAAUAAGACUGGGAGUACAGAAAAUGUAACGGAUGUGUAUGUUUUGAUCAUUUAAGAAAAUGAGAGGAAAAUUUAUUAGCGGAUAUUUAAUGGACGACACGAAAACGCAAGCAUGGAUUAUUUAUCUGAUAGUGAAUGUAAUAUUCAGAUCAUGUUAUAGUCAAUCUGUACUUGCUUUGCGACCUAAUAGAGUUGUAGUUAAAGUUAAUAGUACCGAUAAACAAACAUUGUUUACACAUUUAAAAACAUACGGAUUUACUUAUGUGCAUAAGAUAACGCCGUCGAUAUUUACAUUUGAAUACGAUAAUAAUAACAGAACGUUACGAGAAUCGUUACUGAUUAUAAAGGACGUCUUCACUGAUGAGGUGCUUGAAACAGAACCAGUAAGACUAUAUACUAAUAUAAUACAACCGUGGGAUCGGGGCAAGGAAACGCAUCUACCGAUAGUUGAAUACAUUCCACCAGAGAUUUCAAUACAAGAUGGUAACGGAGUUGGUGUAUCAGCAGUUUGGUCACGUGGUUACAGUGGGCGUGGCGUGACAGUAGCCGUCACUGGUGUCGGAAUAGAUCCUUAUCUUUUAGAUUUGCAGAAGAAUUUGAAACUGGAUCUGAGCUUUAAUUAUAUGUACAAUAAAUACGAUAUUACCCCAGAGUAUUUCAGCAGAAGCCAAUCAAGGGCUUUGUUACUUACGGAUCAGGGGAACAAUAUUGCCGGGUUACUAGCAGCCGAGAAAGACAACGGUUUAUGCGGUGCUGGAAUUGCAUACGAUAGCAAUAUUGUAGGGUUAACUAUAUUUAAAGUAGGACCUCUACGGGACGACCUAUCCACACUGAAACUUUUAACAAUUUCUGACGUCAUAGCAAGUGCUCUGACCCAUCGUCUAGAUGACAUAGAUGUAUUUAUAAACGCUUGGAUCCCAUCAUCAUCAUUUGAUCAGCUAGAUUUAGCUACACGGAAUGCAAUUGUAUACGGAGCAACUGCGGGGAGGCGUGGUUUAGGAUCAGUGUAUGUUGUACCAGCAGGCCCUACCGGAAACGUGCUUUCCAACAAUAUAUACACAAUCACUGUGGGUGUGCUUGAUGUGAAUGGAACUAAACAACGAAAUACUCUAUCCGAUGCCAGUGUGCUCACUUCCGGUCUGAUGUCAUCAAAAAUGGUAACGACCUCAGAUAACAACAGAUGUAUUGCCAACUUUAAAGGUUAUUCCGCGGCAGAGUCUCAGAUAGGCGCCAUUAUUGCACUUGGUAUUGAGGCAAAUCCUCGUCUAUCACUGCGAGAGAUCCAACAUUUACUGGUAUUGGCUUCCGAGCACAGUUGGCUACGUACUAAUUCCUUAUUUAAAAGAAACGGUGCUGGGCACUAUUUCAGUGAGAUGUUUGGAUUUGGAGUACUCAACGCAGAGAAAAUUGUGACAUUGUCGAAAAACGUCACCGUAAAUCAACUGAUAACGAAAUCACUGACAACAACCGUAAUUACGUAA